GACUUGCAAUGUUAAGCUAUUCAGACUGAUUUACCUAUUUAAAUUACCCGCAAAAUUUUAGCUGAAUCAAAUCACAAAAAGCACCUCGAUUAAAGCUACUACAGCAGGACAGGGGGAUUUCAAUCGAUAUCCUAUGACUGUAAGGCAACAGCUGUAACCACUAUAUUACCCACUGUCCAACUCUUAUAUUACAAAUCUUCAAAUAAUGCUUAUUUAAAUUUACAGUUUGUAUCAUAAUGGUGUAAAUUCCUUUAAGAUCAUGCUAAGCGAGCAAAAUUUUUCCUGUUUGCAGGGCCCUUUUUUAUAUUUGUGUUACCAAAUGCAAAUUAAAUAAGCCAAAAGAUGCUUGUGGUUUGCCAAGGUGGGGGGGGUAAGUCUUAAGCAAACUGCAUAUAAAUAAAUGAUGUAUGCGCUGUCACUUUAAUUGGGGAGGGACUUUGCAUAUCUUAGUGGGCAUGGCACAGUGCCACCGCAGCCAAUCAGGAGGCAGGCGCGCGGCCAUUGGUUCGUCUCCACCGAGCGCUCGACUCUGUCUGCGAGGGGGUUACAAUUUGUACUCCGCUCGUCCAUUCAAGUCCUGUAGUCAGCAAAACGGCCCGGCGCGAACAAGCGCCGCGUCCGACUCCGGCGAGCAUCGCGUAGCGCUGAGCGCCCGCAGGAGAGAGAGGCGGCCUGGCGGCCCCCACUGCAGCAGUACUAAAUCUAGGUCUGUCAGCGGGCGAGCGCUGGAGAGAGAGAGAGAGAGAGAGAGGGAGAGAGAGAGAGGGUGGGACAGAGAGAGGAAGAGAGAGAGCGGGAGGCAGCACGAGCCAAAGGAGGAGCAAGGGAGCGGGCGAUCAAUGUGUUUCCAUAGCCUCCGAUAAUGGGGAGUCAAAGGGACCCUCCAGCCCUGGAUGAAACUUAAAAAAAAAAAAAAAAGGCAAAUAAACAGCUUUUUUGGUCGUGACUCCCAGCGAGGAAGAGAAGAAAAGCAGAAGAAGUGAAUUUGCAUUGGAAAAGGUGAAAGGAAGAGGGUCCGAGCACCGGGCUCGACUCUGCUCCCACCCGGAGUUGGCGCUUCUUUUUUUCCCCUCUUCCUCCCGGUUUCUUCUUGAAUGCCCUGUCGGCACGUCCCCCCACUGCUCGGCAGGUGAACAGACUCAUGGUCGAUGCCAAGGGACGGAACAUGAAAUGUCUGACUUUCUUCUUGAUGCUUCCAGAGGCAGUGAAGGGCAGGUCCAGCAAAGGGGCCAAAAAGGGCAGCCCGUCCAGCUCCAAGUUGGCUCCUGUCUGCUAUGAGAUCAUCACCUUAAAAACCAAGAAGAAGAAGAAGAUGUCUGCAGAGGUCUUUCCUGCCAAGAAGGUGCCGGCCGGCACGGCGGUCCAGCAGUACCAGCAGCAGCAGAACCUCAACAACAACAACACGGUGCAGAGCUGCAGCUGGCAGGGACUCUACUCCACCAUACGGGAGAGGAACGCCGUGAUGUACAACAACGAGCUGAUGGCAGAUGUGCACUUUGUGGUCGGAGCCCACGGGAGCACCCAGCGGCUGCCUGGACACAGGUACGUGCUGGCCGUGGGCAGCUCUGUGUUCCACGCAAUGUUCUACGGGGAGCUCGCCGAGGACAAAGAUGAGAUCAGGAUCCCUGACGUGGAGCCGCCAGCGUUCCUGGCCCUGCUCAAGUACAUUUACUGCGAUGAGAUCGACUUGAGCGCCGACACGGUACUGGCGACCCUCUACGCUGCUAAGAAGUACAUUGUGCCCCACCUGGCUCGAGCCUGCGUCAACUUCCUGGAGACGAGCCUAAGCGCCAAGAACGCUUGCGUACUGCUGUCGCAGAGCUGCCUCUUCGAGGAGCCUGACCUGACGCAGCGCUGCUGGGAAGUCAUCGACGCCCAGGCCGAGUUGGCGCUCAAGUCUGAGGGCUUCUGUGACAUCGACUCGCGCACACUGGAGAGCAUCCUGCAGAGGGAGACGCUCAACGCCAAGGAGAUGGUGGUCUUCGAGGCGGCUCUCAACUGGGCCGAGGCCGAGUGCCAGCGCCAGCAGCUGACUUUGUCCAUGGACAACAAGCGCAAGGUUCUCGGCAAGGCCGUCUACCUGAUCCGCAUUCCCACCAUGGCGCUGGACGACUUUGCCAAUGGCGCCGCCCAGUCUGGCGUGUUGACACUCAACGAGACCAACGACAUCUUCCUGUGGUACACGGCGGCCAAAAAGCCGGACCUGCAGUUCAUCAGCCAACCCAGAAAGGGCCUGGUGCCGCAGCGCUGCCACCGCUUCCAGUCGUGUGCCUACCGCAGCAAUCAGUGGCGAUACCGGGGCCGUUGUGACAGCAUCCAGUUUGCUGUCGACAAGCGCAUCUUCAUCGCCGGCUUCGGCCUCUACGGCUCGAGCUGCGGCUCGGCCGAGUACAGCGCCAAGAUCGAACUCAAGAGGCAAGGUGUUGUCUUGGGCCAGAACCUGAGCAAGUACUUCUCAGAUGGGUCUAGCAACACGUUCUCAGUGUGGUUUGAGUAUCCGGUGCAGAUCGAGCCGGACACUUUCUACACGGCCAGCGUGGUCCUGGAUGGGAACGAGCUCAGUUACUUUGGCCAAGAGGGCAUGACGGAAGUCCAGUGUGGGAAGGUCACCUUCCAGUUCCAGUGCUCCUCGGACAGCACCAAUGGUACCGGCGUGCAAGGGGGGCAGAUCCCAGAGCUCAUCUUCUAUGCCUAGCACCUCCAGCUUGGAUAACACCCAGUCUUCUCCUUCUAGUUUUUCCCGAGAUGUUUCCUUUUCCUUAAGACCUUAGACUCUUCUUUUUCUUUCUCGGCCAGACCCAUGGUAUUAUGGACCUUGGCGAUAAUUUCAUGCUGGACAUCCUGGGUGUGGCAUGUCGGCCCAUCUACCUUUGAACAGCCAUCGUUCCUCUAACGUUUGCUGUCUGUCAAAUCCUAAGCAUGGAUUUUCUGGUUCUUCUCACAGCACUGUGCAUAACGGCUUUACUCGUCGUAGUCCUAAAACGAGUCACGUGACCUUGAUAUAUUCUGGACUGGUACACCCUCAUUUCUCAUCACAGAAUUCAGACGUCUUGCUAUUAAAUCAGUUUGCCUUGAAUAUGUGUAUGUCGAAAGGCAAUAGCCAAUGCAUAGCAUUCACUGUUAAUGGUUACGAUGAUGCUCUACUCAGAAACAAUAGAUCUGUUGCAGGAAAUGGCAAAAGACUCGAUAAGCACUGGGUACUCCACUGUGUCAUACUUGUGUGUAUGUCAACAUAAAUGUCUAAGUAUGAAAUAUAUACAGUAUAUAAUUUGGUGAGGCGAGCUGCACCAGAACUGGCACUUAAAACUGAUGAAACAAUCUUGUGUGAUGAUAAUCGAGUCAGUCUGGUGCCUUUAUUAACGAUAAAGCUUAUUUACAGAUUGACAAUGUAAAACUACGGAUUCACACUACCAUAAGCAAAAAAUGUCAAUCCCUGCUAUCAUGAAAAUAUAACACAAACAUUAUGAUGCGAUUGUAAAAGUACAAUUUUGUUGCUAUGUCAGAGGAAUGGGAUAGUUUGAUUAAUGUGUUUUUUGACUACCUGAAUAUCAGGCUGACAUCCCAAGCCAUGGUCAGCUAAGCAGAAGCAGCGUCUAUAUAUGGAACAUUUAGACGUAAAUCCCCUUAUUAGGAACUAGUAUUAUAAAUAGGUGGAAGAGGGCACAUAAGACAGACUCUGAUGUUUCUGGAGACAUCUGUAAUCUCGUCUGAUUUUCAGCAGAGCUGGGAACCACUGAGGACACAAACUGUCUUCUUUAUGUUUCUUCCGAUAGUUCUGUCCUCUGCGAAUGAGGGUUGCGACAAUGACUCCUGGUGUAGUCAAAUUAAACUUAUUAAACCUUAUUUUAAAAUGUGCCAACUGGACUGCAGCAGAGCUGCUGUAACUGUAAUGAAGUCGGCUCCUGGAUGACUAAGGACCAAGGACCGAUCCCCUUGGUGCUUGCAUGAUAAGUGUGGGAAAUGUACAUGCGGCCUCAUCAGAUCCUCACCCGCAAGCUUUGGGCUGAUUCCUUCACGCUUAAACACCUUUUAAGGAAGCUCUUAUGAAAACACUAUCUGCCACUUGUUCAGAGUGCCGGUGUGUGUCCGCGAAGCUUCGGCAUGCCACGCCACUGUGUCUCAGUCCUAAUUGUGGGUUUUCACCACCCUUUGAAAUUGAAAUUGUGACCGAAAGUGGAGUAAUGCACACGGGGAGGAAAUUCAAAUUAACCUGUGCUCAGCGCAGACGGAGAUGUGAACGGACAAAUGUGAGUGUUGUGAUUUUUAUUUAUUUAUUUUUUAAGCUCAGCGGUGGAACAGUCCCUGAAAGGUGAACGAUCCACAUUCCUUUACUGCGUGCUACUUGAGUUUAUUAUUUUUCUAAACACUAAGUCUUGUUGUGCAGCAUUGAACACAUCAGUAUGUACAGAGGUUAAAAAAAAUAUAUUGAUUGUAAGUAUAUUUUUUUCCUUAUGUGAAAAGAUACAUUUUCGGUGAAUGCUGAGAACGUGGCGAAGCCCCGCCACGCCAUCCUUGUGCGUAAGUGCGCCGACUGACACGUGAAUGUGUAAGAUAUUAGCAAAGAGAAAAUAAAACUGA